AGUCUCAGUCAAAUCAUUCUAAUCAAUCUGACAGCGGAGUAUCUGAUACUCAGCCAGCAGGACAUGUCCGUUCCCAGAGUAUUGUGAGCUCCAUUUUCUCUGAAGCCUGGAAACGUGGUACUCAGUUGGAAGAGUCCAGCAAGGCCAGAAUGGAGUCUAUGAAUCGACCCUACACUUCACUUAUGCCCCCUUUAUCCCCACAGCCCAAGCUGGUCACCCCCUACACUGCCUCACAGCCUUCCCCACCUCUCCCUCCACCUCCUCCACUGAAGAUUCAUCACGUUCAGCAUGCCACUCAAGUGGCCCCUCUGACGCCACCACCACCCCCUCCUGUCCCUACACCCCUUCCUCCCCAAGCGCCCCCCAAACCCCUUGUGACAAUGCCCCCACCAACCAGCACCAAGACCGUGCCCCCUGUUAUGACACAAGCUGUGCCAGCCACACCUACUCCUCCAGCUCCCCCAGCAAAAAAGCAGCCGGCUUUUCCUGUGUCCCAUAUCCCACCCUCUUCCCCUGCUCCUCCCGGUCCAGUCCCCCCACCCACGUUGCCCAAGCAGCAGAGCUUCUGCGUAAAACCACCUCCCUCUCCGCUGUCUCCUGCGCCCUCAGUCGUGAAGCAGAUAGCCAGCCAGUUUCCGCCCCCUCCAGCCCCUCCUCCCGGGGAACAGCCCUUCAGGCCUCCCUCCGCAAAUGUGGCCCCACAGUCCCCUCCUGCUGUGAAAGCGAAACCCAAGUGGCAGCCCAGCUCUAUCCCUGUCCCCUCUCCGGAUUUCCCUCCUCCUCCUCCUCCUCCUCCACCGGCCCUGGUCCCACCACCCCUGACAGCUACACCCUCAGCUUCUCCUGCCUCCGACAAAAGUGGAUCUCCAGGCAAAAAGACCAGUAAGACAUCCAGCCCCGGGGCAAAGAAACCUCCCCCAACCCCACAGCGAAACUCCAGCAUUAAGUCCAGCAGUUGCACCGAGCACCCUGAGCCCAAGAGACCCUCAGUAGACAGUCUAGUGAGCAAGUUUGCAUCGUCAGCAGAACCCUCAGGAUCUCCCAGCAAAGAGACCCCACCACCUCCGGCGGCGCCCCCCAAACCCGGAAAACUAAAUCUUUCUGGAGUUAACCUUCCCGGAGUUCUCCAACAAGGGUGUGUGUCGACAAAAGCAUCUGUCCUGAGUGGGCGCGGAAAGGACUCUGUGGUAGAAUUUCCUUCUCCUCCAUCCGAUUCCGACUUUCCACCCCCUCCACCUGAAAUAGAGCUUCCUCUGCCCCCCAUAGAGAUUCCAGCUGUAUUCUCGGGAAACACCUCUCCAAAAGUGGCAGUCGUUAAUCCUCAACCACAGCCAUGGUCCAAAACAUCGGCGAAGAAGGCCCCUCCGCCCACACGACCCAAACGGAAUGACAGCACCCGCCUCACUCAAGCAGAGAUCUCUGAGCAGCCAGCAAUGGCCACAGUUGUGCCACAAGUGCCCACCUCUCCCAAGUCCGGCCUUAGUGUCCAGCCUGGAUUCCUCGCUGACCUCAACAGGACACUGCAACGGAAGUCCAUCACCCGGCACGGCUCGCUCUCCUCCUCCCGCAUGUCCAGGGCAGAGCCCACAGCCACCAUGGAUGAUAUGGCGUUGCCGCCGCCCCCCCCGGAACUGCUUUCUGAUCAACAGAAAGCCGGUUACGGAGGUAGUCAUAUAUCGGGCUAUGCAACACUGCGGAGAGGACCCCCUCCCGCACCCCCCAAAAGAGACCAGAACACCAAGCUCUCGAGAGACUGGUAGUAGCUACCGUAGGACUUUAUUUUCGUGGUAUCUGUAAUCAGUUCUACAAUCAGCUCACCUGAUCACCUAUGAAUUCUGGUGUGCAGAGCCUCCUAGUAUGAUGUUGUUAUUCAGGUAGUACCCAGCCGUGUGUGGUGUGUACGUGUGCGUGGACACGCAUAGCUAUACAUAGAUAGUGUGUUUAUGUGUAUGUAUAUAUAUGUAUACAUAUAUGUAUGUGUAUAUGUAUAUAGAGAGCUGAGAGUGAGUCUAUUUAUUCCUUUUCUCUCCUAACCUGAAUAUGGGUUUGUGUAUUUUGGGUGGAAGAGGCACGGAAGGGGAUGUGUGUCCUGUCCCUUAGGAUUUCUGUUAUCUAUCAUGUGGAUUGGACCAAAAACUUCUAAUGACUGACUUAGAAGGCAUUUUAUAAGUGUUCAUGUGCAGCCUCUCUGUGCAUGUUGUGUAUUAUAUAUUAAGGAAUAGAUGUAUUAUGUGCUGUUUCUCAGUUUGAGAAGACAGCAGAAUGCUUGGUGUAUCGAUGGGACUUUUAGGUUUGUUUUUUCCCCAGUUGGCUGAAGUUCGAACUGCUUGGCUGACACUUCAUCACUUAUACCUGAAGGGGCACUUUAAAUCAGGAAACUGUCAGCAUCAUGGGUGGGUCACUAGUGCAGAAUGGGGAAGUUUCCACAGAUGCUGCAUCCGUCCGUGGUUGUGGAUAGGAAGCAAACACACAAUGUCACUAAACCAUUCUAGUUGUAGGGCUGCCAUGAUCCCACCUGUAUCUAGGAUGUGUUCUGUCACAGGUAAGCUCUUUGCCUACAAUACAUGGGUAAUUUAGUACUGUAAUCCCGGAUAGUUCUUUUUGUACUGUUGGUAUCUUUUUCACGAACUUUGCGAAGCCUCAUCAAGCUUGGCUUCGUGAUUCUUGUUUUGAUUUGUCGUGAGAGAAUAUCUGACACAAUACCCCUGGAAUGCUCUGUCCCGGUAUGUCUUUGGGUCACCAGUUAUAUAGUGUGUGCUUUAGGUAGAUGUUGACAGUAGAGAUCUGUAGACAAUUGCUCUAUCACAUAUACACAUCCCAUGUCCGAUAAGUGCAUCAUUACAAAAACAAAAUUAGCUUCUGAUUGCGUCUUUUUUGUGUGUCGCUCUAGAAUGGGUGAUUAGGAAAGAGCAGGCCUGUCCCCUGUGCAGGUACCAUUUGUCGGGUUGUGUAUGGACUGUGGUGUAGAACAGAGAAUCCACUGGAGUACGGGACUCUCCCAGCGGGAGGCGAAAAGGGAGGUUUGUGACCAUUCCAUCUUUAGCUACUAGAGCACGCUCGGACUCUUGCUUGCUGUGGCCUGGUUGUGGAGAUCUGUCCAGGUCCCCGGGUGUUCAGGUGGAGUAGUGUAGUCCAAGUACAGUGAGUGACAUUACAUAUUAUGCACGUGAGGUUUGGUGUAAAAUGGAAUCAUUGCUCUCAUGACCCACUGCAUUCUCUCCGCUUCACACCAUGCCUAACGCCUUUGUUGUUGUUGCUGUUGCUGUUCUGUGAAUUUUCCUUGGUAUCUGAGAGAAAUAUGUACUGUCCCAUCAGUUUAUGAUGAUGAAGUGGCCAUUACAAAUAAAAUGCAAUCUCAGAGCUGCUCUUAAACAAUAAAAACUAGCCAUCCCAGCGGUGAUAAAUGAGCACAUCUUGUAAUCCAAGUCUCUACCUGUCGUGAAUCAGAAUUACCAGUGCAGCCUGCAAAAAUCUUUGACAUUGUCCCAUAAGAAAAAAGUGAAGUCAGUGCAGCGGGGCAGAGAUAGUAAAGAAUUUAAGAAUAAGCAAAAGUUGUACUGUAUACACAAGAUAUCCUAUAAACCCACCUCCAAAAAAAGGACUGCAUCAGAGAGAAUAUGAAGUGGCGCCUCUCCAUUGCCUACAUGUCUAGGAUAUCAUUCAGCAAUUCAUGUGCUUACAGAGCAAUAAGAAUAUGUACCACUGUGCAGACACUUUUUGGAUCUUCUCAUUUGUUCUCAAACUUUGUGUGCUUGAUAUUCUUAGGCUUAUGAAGGGACCAUUAACACAUCGGCAUUGUUAAUUUAAGCAUGCGCAGCAGUUUCGGUAAUGGUUGAGCACAGAUGGCCAAGCUCCGCUGUAACUCAUGAGUGAAGUAAUUGCCCACAGUUCUGCCUGCUGCCUGCAGCUUUAUAUUCUAAGGACCACCCUUAUUUGUCAGGUAAAGUGAGUAAUAGGAAUCCAGUGACAGCAAUAUUCAUCACUAGGGUUUUUGUGGUGGUGAUGGUCUUUAUUUUGCAUGAAGGUGGACUUCAGCUUUCCUGGAGGGGAAAAACAAUAGUAUUCCCUCAGUCUUCCUUCACGCAUGAUUUGGGCCCUAAGAUGCAGCCUUGCUUUAGUCAGUGUGGGGUUCCCUAGGACUUCUUGGCUUGUGUCAGUCCUGAGAGCCAUCCGACCCGAUGCUCCCGCGUUACCACUUUCCUGAAAGAGCAGACAUCCUUUAGAACGCUUGCGGCACCAAGAAGAGAGCUGUGCCGUUUACACCCGAAUCCCAUGGCUUGUCUGCAGCAGGUUGUUUUCCUUUACGUUUCUCCAAGGACAGAAAAGGCUAUUACUAAUCAGCUUUUCCCCCAUUUGUUUUAUGUGAAACACUGAAUCAAAGAACCCCACAAAAUAAUACAUUAGAUUAUACUUCUAGCUUUUUACUCCCUAGUGGGAUUUUUGUUGGGAUGAAGUUGUGUGGGGUUCUUUUGAGAUGACUCUGUUACUUUUGGAGCUUCUCUCUGGUGUGUUGUUGGAGAACACGGACUGCCGGAGGACACUAGGGCUGUGCCUUCCUUCCUCCACUGCCGUCUGCUCAGUAGCUCUUCCAACCCCAUGUAUCUGCUUCUGCUCAGAGAAGAACAUCUGGGCAGCUGACUUGGCUGGACGGAGAAGUGAAUAGCGUUGAGGGCAGUGCAAACAGGUGCCUGUUUCAGCUAGUGACUUGGUUAAUUAGUGACACCCUCCACUUCUACCACAGGUCAUUUCAGAAUUGGUGAUCACCUGUGCUUAAGGUUUGGGUACUAACUCUGAAGGGCAGCAGAGCCUAUUCUGUUAAUAAAACAAAUGACAUAGGGGCGCCUGCGUGGCUCAGUCGUUAAGCGUCUGCCUUCGGCUCAGGUCAUGAUCCCAGGGUCCUGGGAUCGA